CGGAGUAUUUAAGGGGAGAGCAUCAAUUAUCAGCAGUCACUGACACCUGCAAAGCUCCAGGAGCUUCCCUACUAAAUAUAUACAAGCCUCCCAUACUCUCUUCAACAACCACCAUGUUCUGUCUCAGGAGCUGGCUCCCCCUCCUCUUCAUCCCAACCAACGCAUCCCCCCUCUUCCUCAUCUCCUACGUCGCCCUCACCUACGUCCUCCACCGACCAUGCAUUUACUGCACCGCGCUUCUGAUAAUCCUCUUCGCUUCGUCCUGCAACUGGUCUGAUCACUGUUUCUUCGAUCUCCGCCGUGACUGGUUCUCGCCGCCGUUUGUUUCUUCUGCGAAUACUGUGCAAAACACCACAAAUGCUGCCACGAGUGCUGGGAAUAUUUCGUCUCUCUCGCCGGAUCAGAUGGUUUCGCCUCUCGAGGAAGGAGGAUUAGCGGGGUAUGUGUUUGAGGCGGUGAAUUCGACAACAAAGGCGUUGGCGGGUGCAGCGGUUGAGGGGGUGCAGCGGAGGUUUGCGCUUAAUGAGACUGCUUCGACUACUGGUGCUGCUGACGGGCAAGAAUGGACUGGGGUUGGACUUGAAUGGUUGCGCAGUUUGCUGGGGCGACGGGAAUGGACGAUUCCGUGCGUGGAUGUCAAGGUUCGGUUAUAGAUUUUAAUGGGCUUAUAUGCGUCUUGAGUCAGGAUAGCUAGUUGGA